CCAAUAUAUUGCCCCCCAUCUUCGCUGGCCACAAAAAGGUCGUCAAUUGCAAAAGAAAUCAAGGAUCUCGCUCAGUCCAGCUCAAGCCUCAAGGACCACGAAGCGAGGAACAGAUCCAACAGCAACAUCUAGAUAGCUAGCUGCAUGCUCCAGUACUUCUGCUCUGCUGAUUCUUGCUGCAGGCUCACAACUCCAUCAAUCAAUCCCACAUCAUGUGGACGGACAGCAGCUUGCUGCUCCGGGACGCCGGCGCCGCCCUGCUCACCGGAGUCGCCGCGGCUGCCUUGCUCCGCUUCUGGGAGGAGGUCGCCAACCGCAAGCUCCUGGACCAGAAACUUUGCAGGAAGCUGGUACACAUAACUGUUGGAUUAGUAUAUUUCCUUAUGUGGCCUCUGUUCAGUUCUGAGGAUGUCUAUGCUCCAUUUCUCGCUCCACUUAUCAUUGUAAUCAACAUCAUAAAGGUAACAGUGAUUGGACUUGGUGCAGUCAAAGAUGAUGGCGUGGUUAACUCGAUGACAAGGCACGGAGACUACAGAGAACUUCUUAAGGGCCCGUUGUAUUAUGCUUGUGCCAUAACUCUCACAACUAUAAUUUUCUGGAGGACAUCCCCCAUCUCAAUCGCCGUGAUUUGCAACUUGUGUGCCGGAGACGGUGUUGCUGACAUAGUUGGAAGACGAUUUGGGCAUGCAAAGCUCCCUCACAACCCUGAAAAAUCUUACGCGGGAACCAUUGCGAUGUUCUUAGCUGGUUUCAUUGCAUCGGUCCUCUACAUGUGCUACUUCCACCAUUUCGGUUUUGUUGAGGAGAGCUGGACUCUAGUCGUCGCCUUUGGUGCCAUAUCCCUUGUCGCUGCAGUUGUGGAGUCGCUCCCGAUUAGCACACGCCUAGACGACAAUCUGACGGUUCCUCUCGCCUGUGUGCUAGUUGGUGCCGUGGUUUUCUAUCUUGUUGGGGCCAGAAACCUGUGCUGCAUGAGCCGUGGUCGGAGCAACAUCUCUGCAAUCGCUGGAAUGGUCUUUGCAGGCAGCAGCAGCAGCAGCAAGUAGCAACAGCCCUGGAGGCUGGAGCAGGAGGAUCUAGCAGCGUAUUAGCCUUGUGCUUUGCCUCCGACGAGUUGUGCUUGAAUCCUGUUGUGUGGCGGCAUCUUGUGCUUCUGACCGUGUUCUCAUGCACUGCAUUCUUGUAAGUUGUAACUUGAGAAUUAUUAGACUGAAGAGAGAGAAGAAAAUGACAAGGGCAAUAAGUUGGUGAAAGUUGCGUUUCUGAUGCGUUCAGAAACUUGAAUACGUAGC